UCCCACUAAAGCGAUUUCAGUCCAGGAAGCGUCUCUUCCCCACGGCCACGGAUGGCAACAUGGCGACAGAGUUUCAUAAUCUGCAGGAGCUGAGGCACAGUGCAUCUCUGGCCAACAAAGUAUUCAUCCAGAGAGACUACAGUGAAGGGACGGCGUGCAAGUUUCAGACAAAGUUUCCUUCUGAGCUUGAGAGCAGGAUUGAGCGGACACUGUUUGAGGACACCGUGAAGACGCUGAAUAACUACUAUGCAGAGGCAGAAAAGAUAGGAGGGCAGUCUUACCUGGAGGGCUGUCUGGCCUGUGCCACAGCAUAUCUUAUCUUCCUCUGCAUGGAGACGCGUUACGAGAAGGUGUUGAAGAAGAUCGGCAAGUACAUUCAGGAGCAAAAUGAGAAGAUCUACGCUCCAAGAGGUCUGCUCAUCACGGACCCCAUAGAGAGGGGAAUGCGUGUUAUUGAGAUAUCCAUCUAUGAAGACAGGGGUUCCAGCGGGUCCAGCUCAGGCAGCAGCUCUGUGUCCGGCAGCACUGCUCGAUGACCUGAUACUUUAUUAACCAACCCCUCUUGGUUGAGAACUUUGGACAAAAACACUCAUUUUCCAGCAGCCCACACACCCCGGACGCUAUGCUCACACAAGGAUCCACCAGCUUUUUAAGAUUUUUUUUUUACUUGUUCUUUUUUCCUCCUGACCUGUCAUAGAAAGUUUUUACAAUAGAUGCUUCAAACAUGCACUUUAGUGGUUUGUUGUCAUGUCAUGUACAAGCCAUCAAUGUACAGCAGGAGUUUCUACAUACUGCUAGAAAUACUUUGUGUGAUCAUGCUGUUCUUUCUUUCCCUUUUUCUUUGAUGUUAAAGAGAGAGGGAAGGAAGGAGGGGUGCUUCAUCAAACCUCAUACCUCAACUAAUGUAGCUGUACCACACGGUCCAGAUCACAACAGAGUCCUGAUCAACCAGGAGACAUGACUGAACUCAUUCUUGUCAAUACUGCACAUUAGACACUGGCAUAUUAUCAUGUUAUUAAUUGUGCCGGCUUUUAGAGAAUGAAGAUGUAUCUGAGGGCCACACAUCAGUUAACCUGCCAACAGUCCAGAUUGACACUGUUAAUCACCUCAUUCUCUUUCACCUCUGCUGUAAAUCACACUGUCAGCAACAGAUGAAUGUUAUCAAACCCACUCAUGUUUAUAAUGUAGCAGAUCUUCCAUCCUUAAAGCCUGUAUUUUAUUUGUUAGAUAUGCAGACACCUGCACCUCUAAGUACCAACCUCUUGGGUUUCACUAAGCGAGACCAACAUUUCCUAAAUUGUGAUUAUGCAAAGACUCACUGUGCAUUAAAUGCAGCAGUGAGUAGAGAAAGGAUGGGUCAAAAGUCUUCCCGAAUCAUGGCUGUAGUGUUUCUGAAAUACGCCAACCCUUCCUUGAUUCAUGGAUAAACUUCCAAAGAACAGUAACUGCCAAAAACUGGCUUGCAAAUGUGAAUGUGAUGUUUAUUUUAGUGACAUUUAUGUGCAAGAACAAAUUUUCAUACUGCUUGUUUGAUACCUUGACGAUAAGGUAUGUACUGUACAACAGUGUCAAAUAAACAGUUUCAUGUC